GAAUGGUAACCCAACCCACCUCUCUCUAUUUCUCGCUCUCCCCUUCGUCUUUUUUAUCUCCAUUCCCCUUCCGAGCCCUCGAUUCCACGAUCCCGAGGCGAUUUCUGGCCGCUAGGGGGAUCGUGGGGGAGAUCGCGGCAGAGGGGUCGUGACGAAGGCCAUUUCGAGCAGGUUAGUUAAAAAAAAAAAAAAAAUGGAGCACGAUGAGACUGGAUGCCAGGCUCCUGAAGGUCCAAGGCUCUGCAUCAACAACUGCGGCUUCUUUGGAAGUGCAGCUACCAUGAAUAUGUGCUCCAAGUGCCACAAGGAUAUGAUGCUGAAGCAGGAACAAGCCAAGUUGGCGGCAUCCUCCAUGGGCAGUAUCGUGAAUGGAAGUGGCAGUGGGAAGGAGCCUAUUGUUUCCAGAAACGUGGACAUAGUUGCUGGUUCUGUGGAUCCGAAGGCCAUUUCAUCACAGCCAUCUGAUGCUUUGGUCUCAGGUAAGGAUGGAGAAACAAAGACGAAGGAGGUUCCGAACAGAUGCAACACUUGUAGGAAACGGGUGGGUUUGAUGGGCUUCAGUUGUCGGUGUGGGAACCUUUUCUGUGCUGUGCACCGCUAUUCUGACAAGCACAACUGUCCGUUUGACUACCGAACAGCUGCUAGGGAUGCCAUUGCUAAAGCAAACCCUGUAGUUAAGGCUGAAAAACUUGACAAGAUCUAGAGAGCCGAGAGAGAUGGCCAAUGAACUCUGAAGUGAUGCUUCUCUUUCUUAUCCAUGCCUUUUCUGUUGAUGAUGGUUUCUUGUCAGUGUCCUUUGUCACCAUAAAUGACUGGAUGCGUAAUUCCUGGGGCAUCCUUGCAGCCUCAGCCUCAAGUACUUUUUCUUGAUGAUCAGAAAAGGUUUGCAUGUUGGUUCUGGUGUGUAAGCUUUUAUUCGUGCUGGUUUGAUGGACAUUAAUGUGGCUUAUGAUUUGGCUAGCUUUGUAACCUGCUAUCCUGGUUCUCGUGUUACAUUCUAUCAAUAGUAAUGAUCAGCAGUGGUGCAUGAAAUAGUGUGAAAGUUCA